AGAUCAGCAAAAGCGGGUGGAAAGUUGAUGAUCUUUGGUCACUUCUUCCAGCCUCAAACCAAGUCAAGUGAUCUUUUCUUCUCAGCUGAUUAUUAAUGUAAAAGAGGCAUCAACUGAAUUUUCAAGACCCUUCUGAUAUUACCUAUAUCCACUAUGCCUCCUCCUGGUACCUCCGCCAUUUGGAUCCUGUGCCUACUUGUGGGUGUUUCCAGUCAAUAUUCGCCAACUCCGCUGUCUCUUGAGGAGAUUUCUGAACUGUCACAGACAUUAGACCAGGAGCAGGCUGGCCACAUUGUGCAGCUGGAUACAAACCUACAGAACGAUAGCGGCAACGACUCCAAAGAAAACUAUGGGAGAAUGCCGCCACCGCGCCAACCACCUCCUUGUCUAUCCCGCUUCAAAAUCAAGCACGCCUUUAAAUAUGUCACAACAAUACUGUCCUGCAUUAUCUUUCUGGUGGGGAUCGUAGGAAAUUCCACACUCUUAAGAAUCAUAUACAAGAACAAGUGCAUGAGGAAUGGACCCAACGUCCUCAUCGCCAGCCUGGCACUGGGCGACCUGUUCUACAUCCUUAUCGCUAUUCCCAUCAAUAUUUAUAAGCUGCUGGCAGGGAACUGGCCAUUCGGGGUGUAUGUCUGCAAGCUGUUCCCCUUUAUCCAGAAGGCAUCUGUUGGGGUCACGGUGCUCAGCCUUUGUGCUCUCAGCAUAGACAGAUAUCGUGCGGUGGCCUCCUGGAACAGAAUUCAGGGCAUUGGAAUCCCAGUGUGGAAGGCCAUAGAACUCACCCUGAUCUGGGCAGUUGCCAUCAUGUUGGCAGUCCCCGAAGCCAUUGCCUUUGACUUGGUCAAGUUGGAGUUAAGAGAUCAAACCAUUCAAGUGUGCAUGCUGCCUCUGGAGCAGUCGUCCAGAUUUAUGACGUUCUAUCAAGAAGUGAAGGUCUGGUGGCUUUUCGGUUUCUACUUUUGCUUACCCUUGGCUUGCACUGGAGUCUUCUACACCUUGAUGUCCUGUGAGAUGUUGAGCAUGAAGAAUGGGAUGAGGAUUGCACUUAAUGAUCACAUGAAACAGAGGAGGGAGGUGGCUAAGACAGUGUUCUGUCUGGUGGUGAUCUUUGCGCUGUGUUGGUUGCCUCUUCAUGUUAGCAGCAUACUGAAGAAAACGGUGUACGACGGAACUGAUCCACAUAGAUGUGAGCUGCUCAGCUUUUUCUUGGUUGUGAAUUAUAUCGGCAUCAAUAUGGCCUCGCUGAAUUCCUGCAUCAACCCAGUGGCUCUCUACUUUGUCAGCAGAAAAUUCAAAAACUGUUUCCGGUCUUGCCUUUGCUGUUGGUGCCACAGGCCAAAUCUAGCCAUCACACCUAUGGAUGAGAAAGGUUCUGGAGGCAAGUGGAAAGCCAAUGGCCAUGACCUGGUCCUGGAUCGGAGCAGUUCUCGUCUUUCAAACAAAUACAGCUCUUCCUGAAGACAAAAUAAGAUCACAUCCCCGUAUCUAAUGGACGUAGGUCCCCUUUUUCUACCUUAGUGCUCAAAAGGUUCUUCAAGCUCCAGUACUGUGAGGAUCCAAUUUCUCCUGGACCACCCCCUCAGACUGCACCCUUACAAAGACUGUAAGAGAACCCAUACUUCAUUGUGGUAACAAGCUGCCAAGCUUAUAUAAAUCAGGCAUAAAUCCCGAGUUUUGGCAUACAAUUGGAACUGUCCA